AUGCAAGCAGAUCGCCGUCGCCUCAAUGGACCUACAAGCGGUACUGCGCCUCCAGUCUUUGCCACACCACCCAAUUGGAAAGUGCAAAGGCCAACACGGUCACGAAAGCCAGACGAGCACCGCAAGAUCUUCCUUCGGACGGGCAUUGUGCCUUCGGCGAGCGGAAGUGCAUACUACGAGAUUCCACCACAGACCCCCUCACAACAGGACGAGCUGCUCAUCCCACAAAGCAGUAGCCUGAAGGUUACAUGCACAGUUCAUGGACCAAGACCACUUCCACGAAAUGCGGCUUUUAGUCCAAAUUUACUGCUGACUACACACGUCAAAUUCGCGCCUUUUGCCACGAGGAAUCGAAGGGGCUAUGUAAGGGAUGCGUCUGAAAGGGAUCUGGGUGUGCAUCUGGAGACGGCUUUGAGGGGUGUGAUUAUCGGCGAGCGGUGGCCGAAGAGUGGGUGUGAGGUUGUGAUUACGGUGUUGGAAGGAGAGGAGGAUGCGUGGUGGGGUGAUGCUGGGAACGAGCAAGACGGAGGGAAGGCAGGUGGAUGGGCUUUGGUGGAUGCGGGGAUUGAUUGUGUGGACAUGGUCAGUGGCGGUGUGGCUGCUGUGGUGCAGCAGGGCUCAGCAGACGAGAAGAUGGACCGAGAUGUCGUACUGAUUGAUCCUACGCCUUCGGAGCAUUACGGCAUCAAGGCUGCUUGUGUUGUGGGCUAUCUGCAAAGUAGAGAUGAGGUCACCGAGAUGUGGAUGAAGGGUGACGCUGGAACAGAUACAGAGGCAUUGGUGGAAGGGGCUGUGAGGGCAGCGAGUCUUGCGAGGACUGUGCUUGCGGAGGCGAUCAAAGAGGCGGUCGAGCUGAGGAGCGACGAGUCACACGAUAAUGCUCAUGCCAAUGGCUCCGCCAAAGCCGAGAAGACAAAGCAGAAAGAUGUCGUGAUGACUGGCUGA